UAUCGAGCUGCGCCCGCAAUCCUCUUCUUCCCCUUCCCCAAGUUGUACUCGAAUAAAGUCUGUAAUCGCCAUAGAUCGAAGAGGGAGAACAAGUGAGUGCCUCACAGGCGGAGAAGAAAUGUAUCGCUUCCUCCUGCGCCGCUUCCUCUGCUCCUCUUCCUCCACCACUCCCGCCGCUGGCGCAGGUUUCAUCCGCGAGCUCGCCACCCUCCUCGCCGCUGGCCGCUUCCACGCCUCCGUCGGCCUGGCGAAAUCACUCCUCCUCUCCUCCCACCCACCAGCCACCUCCGUCCCCGACCUCUAUCACGCCCUUGUCUCCACCGCUGCCGCCUCCCAAUUCGACCCGCAUCCCCCAUCCUUCCUCUCCGACGCCGCCUCCGCGCUCGUCGUUGCCUCCGCGCGGCUUGGCCUCCCCGACGGCGCACUCCGGCUACUUUCCCUGCUCGCCGACGCCCGCGCGACUCUGCCGUCCCUAUCCUCCUGCAACCUCCUCCUUGAGUCCCUCCUCUCCCUCGGCCGCCACGCCGACGUGCGCCGGGCGUUCGACCUCCUAAAUGCCGCCGGGGCACGCCCCGACACCUUCACAUGGAACAAGGCCAUCCAGGCGUGCGUCGUGGCAGGUGAUGUCGACGAGGCUGUCCGGAUGCUUCGUCGGAUGGAUUGUGAAGGCCACGGCGCCCCAGCGCCCAACGCCUUCUCAUACAAUGUGGUCAUCGCUGGACUGUGGAGAGCAGGAAGGGGUAGUGACGCUGUCGAGGUGUUUGAUGAAAUGCGAAAGAGGGCUGUGUUGCCAAGUCAUAUCACGUACAAUACGAUGAUUGAUGGACACAUCAAGAUAGGGGACUUGGAGGCUGGUUUUAGGCUGCGGGAUCAGAUGUUGCAUCAUGGCCUCAAGCCGAAUAUGAUCACUUACAAUGUGCUGCUGUCAGGGCUGUGCCGUGCUGGCAGGAUAGGCGAGACGACCGCAGUGUUGCAUGAAAUGAUGUCACGAAAGAUGGUGCCGGACUGUUUCACAUAUAGCAUUCUGUUCGAUGGUUAUUCCAGAGUUGGAGACUCACAGGCAAUGCUUUCCUUGUUUGAGGAGUCUGUGAAGAAGGGUGUGAAGAUUGGGGCUUACACUUGUAGUAUUUUGCUGAAUGGUCUUUGCAACGAUGGCAAAAUUUCAAAGGCAGAAGAGGUACUGCAGACGUUUGUAAAUGCAGGACAACUCCCAACAAGGGUUAUCUACAACACUCUUAUCAAUGGGUAUUGUCAGAUUGGACAGCUUGAAGGGGCCUUCUCAACCUUUCAGCGGAUGAAAUCACGCCUUGUUAGUCCAGAUCACAUCACCUAUAAUGCACUAAUAAACGGUUUGGGUAAGGCUGGAAGGAUCACAGAAGCACAUGCUUUGGUCACAGAGAUGGAGAAGAAUGGAGUGAGUCCUAGUGUGGAAACUUUCAAUACGCUUAUUGAUGCUUAUGGAAGGGAUGGGCAGCUUGAAAAAUGUUUUGUUUUACUUUCUGAUAUGCGAGAGGAGGGGCUAAAGCCAAAUGUUGUCUCCUAUGGUUCAAUUGUCAAUGCCUUUUGCAAGAAUGGGAAAAUCCCGGAAGCAGUAGCUAUUUUGGAUGAUAUGUUCCAUAAAGAUGUUUUACCAGGUCCACAGGUGUACAAUGCGAUCAUAGAUGCAUAUAUAGACUGUGAUGCCACUGAACAGGCUUUUACUCUAGCUGAAAAGAUGAAGACUAGUGGGGUACCUCCAAGUAUAGUUACAUGCAAUUUGCUGAUAAAAGGCCUUUGCAAGCAGUCCCGGAUAUCUGAAGCAGAGGAACUAAUUCACAGCUUAAGAAAUCAUGGAUUAACUCCUGAUGUUGUCGGCUAUAAUACUCUAAUAUCAGCAUGCUGCUACAGGAGCAACACUGAUAGAGCUUUGGAGCUUCAGAAAGAAAUGUGCAAGUGUGGCAUCAAACCUUCAUCGAGAACAUAUCGUAUUCUUCUGAGUGCAUUGGGUGAUGCAAGAAGAAUACAUGAGAUGGAAAAUCUGUAUAAAGAAAUGUUGGACAAGGAUGUUGUUCCUUGCAGUCGCAUUUAUGAUAUCAUGGUUGAGGCCUAUGUGAAAUGUGGGGAUGAAUCUAAGGUAGAAGCUCUGAGGAAGGAUUUCUCGGAAAAAGGGACAUCAAUUGAUUAUGACACAUCCGUGACUUAGUGUGAGUUGAAUACAAGUAUAGUGAGUCCAAUUUCAAACGUUGAAUUUGUUGCUCAGUAACCCAAUUAUCAGAAGUAUUUCUUUUGUUUACCUAGUGAAUCUUCAGAAUGAAUAGCCAUUGAUUACACAUACAACGUCAACAGGCUGUUGCCAUUUCUCGGACUGCGAAAUCAUUAGCUGCCUAUCCCAAGUCUCCUUUCCAACUGAGAACUCCGGAGAUUGUGAAUGCUCCGAAUGGGGAGGUAAAAUCACCACCAGAAAGCCAAGACCUGCUAAUCAACUGUGUAUCACAAGAUUUGGGAUUCCCAGUGGUAGGGCUAUUGCAGCUUGCGUUAUAUACAGGUGUCUUCUGCACUGGAGAUCAUUUGAGGUUGAAAGAACUGGUGUUUUUGACCGUAUUAUUCAAACAAUAGGCUCUGCUAUAGAGGUAGGCACCAAGAACAUCUCGUGCAAGUUUGAUAAAAGGAUCUCGUACUCAAGCAAAUGCCUUGGCCCAACAAACUCUGAUCGCACAUUGGCAGAGUAUUGUGAGAAUAUUAACAAACGACCUGAAUGUUUUGAAAGCAAAUUAUGUCCCUUCAUUUUUAAUCAGCAAGGUGUUCACUCAGAUAUUUUUGUUUAUUAAUGUCCAGCUGUUCAAUAGUCUGCUUCUCCGACGUGAGUGCUGUUCAUUUAGCAAGGAGAAUAUGUCAAAGCUGGAUUGGCUGAGUUAGAGCAGUGGUGCAUUUAUGCCACUGAAGAGUAUGCAGGUUCUUCCUGGGAAGAGUUGAAGCAUAUUAGGCAGGCCGUUGGAUUCCUUGUAAUUCAUCAAAAGCCUAAGAAAACAUUGAAAGAAAUCACCAACGAUUUGUGCCCUGUCCUUAGCAUACAACAGCUAUAUCGAAUCAGUACAAUGUAUUGGGAUGACAAAUAUGGCACCCACACUGUUUCAUCAGAGGUCAUCUCAAGUAUGAGAAUAAUGAUGACAGAAGACU